CACACCACUUCUCAUUCCUUCCUUCCUCUCAACCCACUCUCUAUAUGCAAGCAACCCAAGCAUCCACUCGUCACCAACCUUGGCUGCCUUGUAUUCUCCACCCUCCUUGUUUCUCACGCGCUCAGCUGACGCGCUGGGAUCGAUGGGGGAGGUGGCCGGCGCCGACGACCGUGCGCCCGUCGUCGUUUGCAAGGGCAAGCGUAGCAAGCGGCUGCGCGUGAACGCGGCCCCGCCAUCUCCCGCGGUGGUCACGCCGGUGGCCAGUGCCGAGGUCGAUGACGAGUCGUCGAGUUCUGCCGCGGGCGACGGGUGGUUGUCCCCGGGCGGCGACCAGGAGGAGGAGGCGGCGUCGGUGUGCGUCAACGAGGAGGAUGAGGACAUGGCGCGCUGCCUCAUGCUGCUCGCCCGCGGCGGCACAGGACCGUCGUCGUCGUCGCCAGUGGUAGUUGCCGCUGACUCAACUGCGAAAGAAGCCAAGUUCCGGAGCCGGCGUGCCGCCGGGGCCGACGGGGAGUUCGUCUACGAGUGCAAGACGUGCGGCAAGUGCUUCCCGUCCUUCCAGGCGCUCGGCGGCCACCGCACCAGCCACAAGAAGCCACGCCUCCUCCUCCCGCCCACUACACCGCUUUCGUCUCCUCCAACCGACGAGAAGAAGCGGCCUUCGACGGCGUCACCGGCCGCGCACGCAACCGCUGAUCCGACCGUGCUGGUGAUCCCUGUCCCGGCGACGCCGCCCAAGCACGAAGUUGCCACAGCGACCGCUGUCACGAGCGGCGGGUCGAGGCAGCAGCAGCGGAGCAGGCUGCACGAGUGCACCAUUUGCGGCGCCGAGUUCGGGUCCGGGCAGGCGCUCGGCGGGCACAUGCGCCGGCACCGCCCGCUCGUGCCGGCCUCGUCGACGACAGACGACGUGGGGACGGUGGAGGUGAUCGGCGGGAAGGAGAGAAGCCUCCUGGAGCUGGACCUCAACAUGCCCGCGCCCUGCGACGACGCGCCCGCAGAGACGACGUCGGCGUUCCCGUUCCCCGUGAAUGACAGGUCGGCGGCGGCGAUUCUGUUCCCGGCGCCAGCGUCGACCUUGGUGGACUGCCAUUACUAGCCAUCAAGCAACAGAGUCAGUAAACAAACACACACCCAAAUUAAGGGUCAUUAGAUUCUCUGUUUCUCAUUCUACAUAUACAUACACGAUACAUUCCUUGCCGUGAUGAAACAGCAUAUUCUUUUUUCUCUUCCACCUUUUUCUUUGUAUUACAUUCUUUUUGUUCAAAUGAUUGGGAAUCGGUGAUGUAAAAAUGUCGGUGCAAAAGUCUCACAGUUGACAUUCUGUGAUUAAAU